AUGUGCGACAAAACCUGGGAAUUUCACCACUGCAAGGAGCAGUGUGCAGAUGAAAGCACCGUUCAAAUCGUCAAGUGCAACAAUAUUAACUGCAACUACAGACGCUUCGGCAAGUUCGAUAGCGAGAAAUCCUGGGGUCCUUCAUUCAACAAAUGCCCAAAGCACGGCUAUUAUAACCCUCACGAUCGCUGGGUCCAUCUUUACGGCCACCAGCAUCAGGGGCCUUCCUGGAUGAUCAACCUGCUGACCAAAGACUUUACAACAUCUCUCCAGAAGCCCUACCAAUGA